GGAAAAUGAACCAGAAAGUGAGCAUGGGGGGCGUAAUGCUGCAAGUGAAGGGACAAGGAACGAGCAUGGCAGCGUGAAAUAAUGGAAAAGCUUGAAUGUAGAGGAAGGCGUUCGGUGUGCCCUCAGAGGUUUGAAAUGUGUUGGGGGCAAGCAGACUUUUAUUGAAGAGAAAAGAGACUGCAAAGCUCGAGGCGAGACAGAGGGAAGGACAGCUUGAGGCAGCUGACCAACCUGGCUGGAAAUCAAAUAAUCAAGGCUCGAAGGAUUUUCUAGUUUCCUCAGGCACCAGCAUGAUGUUGGAAAACCAUUUAUAGAGGAGAAGCUUUCGGAUUGCAAGGGGUAGAUAUCGAGAGAGGAAGAGAAAUCGAGAGUGAAAAAGAGGGCAUCUGAGCAGUGACGGAGAAAUUAGGGCAAUAGGGUGAAAGAAAAAAUCUCAGGGAAGAGAUCUGAGGAAGAGGCAGUUCUGUUCUUCCUCUGAGAACCGAGAGAAAUAGCGACCUAUAGGAAGAGAGGAAGAGCAGAGAGUGAUUUGGGAAGAAAAGGCGCAGCAGAAGAGUGCAUAAGGGGAGCUGGAGCAAGUGAGGAUUUCUGCGCUGUUUUGCCAGAGACUCUUCUUCCUUCGGUCUCCUGGUUCACAGAGGAAGGAAGCAGAGGGGUGAAAGCAAGGGUCUCCAAGGCCUUGUAGUAAGUUGCAAAGAACACCACCGUGCGAAAAUUGGAAACUGAAACGUCUUGAGCAUCCUUCCACCUACAGCUAGUGCAGUGAUAUCUUCAGUUCUCAGUUUGGCUGUUUCUUUGACUACCUGAAGGGUUUACUGAUUUUCAACAUGGUUGUAAGAUCAUUUGUUUUGAAGCGACACAUAUCGACUUUGCCUCACCUAUCUGAGAGAAUAAAGCAAACCGAGAAUGAGAUUGUACAAAUGUUCCUGGUACAAAGUCCUGAUAAUAGAGUGGAAAACUUGCCAAUGAAUCGAAAGUUGUUAAGGAGGGAUCUAUCAGUCCGGAGGUUAGACGAGAGGUUUAUAAGAAUUUUGAAAAUAUUCAAAUGGGGGCCUGAUGCGGAGAAGGCACUGGAAGUACUUAAGCUGAAAGUGGAUCAUAGAUUGAUUCGUGAGGUUCUCAAGAUAGACGUGGAGAUCAGUGUUAAAAUCCAGUUUUUCAAGUGGGCAGGGAAGAGAAGGAACUUUGAACAUGACUCUACCACAUAUAUGGCGUUAAUCCAUUGUUUGAAUGAAGCAAGGUGUUUUGGUGAACUGUGGAGGACAAUCCAGGAUUUGGUUCGUAGUAGAUGUGUUAUUAGUCCAGCAGAACUGUCUGAAAUUGUGAAAAUAUUGGGUAGGGCAAAGAUGGUGAAUAAAGCUCUCUCUAUAUUUUGCCUUAUCAAAGCUCGACGAUGCAAACCAACAUCAAAUACUUACAACUCCGUGAUCUUGAUGCUAAUGCAACAAGGUCAGUAUGAAAAAGUUCAAGAGCUUUACAAUGAGAUGUGUAAUGAAAGUAACUGUUUUCCAGAUACAGUAACAUUCACUGCACUUGUAUCAGCACUUGGAAAAUUAGGUCGUUAUGAUUCUGCCAUUGGGUUGUUUGAGGAGAUGAAGGAGAAUGGCUUACAGCCUAACCCGAAGAUAUAUACAAUCUUGAUGGGAAUUUAUUUCAAGUUGGGUAAAGUCGAAAAAGCUUUGGGCAUAGUUGAGGAGAUGAAAGCCAAGGGUUGUGUGCCUACUGUCUUUACUUAUACAGAAUUGAUAAAGGGAAUUGGUAAAUCUGGGAGGGUUGCGGAGGCCUACAGUAUAUUCAUGAAUAUGCUGAAAGAGGGUUGUAAACCUGAUGUUGUGCUUAUAAACAAUCUAAUGAACAUUUUAGGCAAGGCAGGUCGUUUGGAAGAUGUUAUUAAACUUUUCAAUGAUAUGAAGUCUUGGCAGUGUACGCCCAAUGUUGUGACGUAUAAUACUGUAAUAAAAGCUUUAUUUGAAUCCAAAGCUCCUGCUUCUGAGGCAGCAUCAUGGUUUGACAGGAUGACUGCAAAUGGUAUCAUUCCUAGCUCAUUUACUUACUCAAUUCUUAUUGAUGGCUUUUGCAAAACUAAUAGAGUAGAAAAAGCAUUGCUGCUUCUUGAAGAGAUGGAUGAAAAAGGUUUCCCCCCUUCUCCAGCUGCAUAUUGCAGCUUGAUCAACAGUCUUGGCAAGGCAAAACGGUAUGAAGCUGCAAAGGAGUUGUUUCAGGAAUUGAAAGAAAAUUGCGGGGAUUCAAGUGCUCGGGUGUAUGCGGUGAUGAUCAAACAUUUAGGGAAGAGUGGCCGUCUGAGUGAAGCUGUAGAUCUUUUCAAUGAGAUGAAGAAACUUGGGUGCAAUCCUGAUGUUUAUACUUAUAAUGCGCUCAUGUCAGGGAUGGUAAGGGCUGGUAUGAUAAAUGAAGCUCAUUCAUUGUUUAGAACUAUGGAACAAAAUGGUUGCAAUCCAGAUAUAAAUUCACAAAAUAUAAUUCUAAAUGGCUUGGCUAGAACUGGUGGGCCAAAGCGGGCAAUGGAAAUGUUUAUAAAAAUGAAAGAUUCUAAAAUCAAGCCUGACGCAGUGUCCUAUAAUACUCUUCUUGGCAGUCUUAGCCGAGCUGGAAUGUUCGAGGAGGCUGCACAACUGAUGAAAGAGAUGACUUCAAAAGGUUUUGACUAUGAUCUCAUCACUUAUUCAUCAAUACUUGAAGCAGUUGGCAAGGUUGAUGAAGAUCAUAAUCCUGUCAUUUAGUGGAGGGACCUAGUUUGAUAAGAUUCAAAUUUGCAGGUUAUUUAUUACUCUUGUUGCUUAUUGAUUAGGCUCUUUUGUACCAUAAGAUUGUGUCCUAUAAUUUUUGGACUGUUGAAUCAUUACAACAAAAAGGAUUUGGUAACUA